CGUUACAUACGCCUCAGGUCACGUGACUGUGAUGUCAUCAAGGUCCUUUUGAUAUAGCGCAAUUCGCGUUCGCAGAAACCAACAAGAUGGCCCAGAGGUUGAUCUUCAAACAUUUUCUCUCGACAUCUGGAAAGAGUCUUGUUGUACCAACACAGUCUUCAAUCAGUCUGCUUUCAAAGUGCACACGAACAUUUGGUCUGCUAUCUACAACUUCACAAUCCUCUCAUUUGCCUAUUUUUACCAUUGUUCAUAAGAUUUCCAUGUCAAAUUCUUGUAGCGUAACAUUUAAUGUCCAGAACAAAGAUGACUUUCAGGAUCGUGUUGUUGGAAGUGAGACCCCAGUGGUGGUGGAUUUCCAUGCACAGUGGUGUGGGCCAUGCAAGCUCUUGGCUCCCCGAUUGGAGAAAGCAGUUGCUAAACAUGAAGGAAAGGUGUUAAUGGCUAAGGUUGACAUAGAUGACCAUACUGACCUUGCCCUUGAAUAUGAGGUAUCUGCUGUACCCACGGUUAUUGCUAUGAAAAAUGGUGAUGUUGUAGAUCAAUUUGUAGGCGUAAAAAAUGAAGACCAGCUGGAGGCUUUUCUCAAAAAACUAAUUGGAACAUAAUUAUUUGUAAGGAGUUUGCAGCCCAUAUCUGGAACAUAACUGGAAUUAAAAAAUCAACACAUGAUUACCUUCUUAAGGCCUGCUUAGGUUUUUCUAGCCCACGUCUCUAUUCCAUCUACUGUACUUCAUCUCAUUAAUAUUAUUUUCAUUGUUAAAACUGCAUUAUUAUAUAUUAAGGACCCCUUUGUGUAUGGUACAUUUUUGAGCAUCUCUUCCCCUGAUGCCGUUCCUUUCACUCUUAAUACCUAGAUAAUAAGAAUACCUGUAUUUAAGUACACUGUUUUAUAAUGUCCUUUAUACUCCAGUAGUAUAAAGACUUGAGUAACAUAUUUCUAAGACUAAAAUUAACAUACACUGUGAUAUUUGAUUAUUUGAGUGGCAAAUGGGCAUGGAGGAAUAAAGAAGUAAUUGUUCUGUA